AUGUACAGUGUUGAGUAUCUAUGGACCGACGAUGACCUAGAUCCAAGUGAGUAUGAACCCCUUUUCCCCAUUGCAACACUCAGUGUUGUUGUUGUAUCUCGCAAUAUCGAUCAAACACUUUCCAAUUAUGUUAAAUACAUGGACCCCUGGGUGAAUCAAUAUCCAUGGAACUACAAGCAACCUGACUGUCAGGCACGUGUAACUGAUAAUAUUGAAUAUAUAUAUGGUGAGUUUCAACACCAUGGUCAUACCCCAGAUAUGGAGUUGUUUAUAGCGAUGCUUUUGAACUUUACCAAAUAUGACACCGAUUGUUUUAUCCAUGUAUUUGAUUCUUUGGAAAUAGAGCCUAUAUUAGUGCUCUGCCAUGAUUGUUUACCCGAUGAGCUACAGAGUGUCACUGGUGGCAGAAAUAGAGCAUGGCUACACAAUGACUCAGUUAUCGUGUUGAACCAACAUGAUGAUGAAGAUAGGUUUUUGAUGUUGAAAAGGGCAAUAUAUCAGAUAUUUAAUGGAGAUUGGACUAGGAGGGAAGACUUAACAAUGGCCGUGAAAACACAAUGUUCAAUAGAGAAGGGAUUGGGUCACGUACAUGAUGUGACUUUCAAAUUACCUAUAUUACCAGCAAAGGUAAUUACAAAAGACCUAAUGAUGGUGGCGAGAAGUUUAGCAGCAUUAGAGACGAUUGAGGAAAUUCAAUUGAUAGAAUUUGAUGACGGCGUCGAUGUUACAGUACCUAUGAAUGCCAUGAACUUGGGGACAUUAAUAACACUAGGGUAUCAAUUUAGAAAUGACGGUAAUGAUGAGGAGGGGGAGGGAAAGGGAAAGAAACUGGAAUAUAUAAUUGGUGGACUUUUGCUUGCUGGGUUGCAUAUAUAUUAUAAGGGCAAGCAAUUGCCAAAAGUUCCAGAGAGCAUAACUAUCAAUUCAAGAUAUGUCUUGCAAGAUGAAUUAAUAAAUCGAGGGAUAAUUGAAAAGAGAGUGGAUGAAGAGAAAGAUUUACUUGAUCUUCUUUCCAAUAGGGAUUUUUUACCCAAUAGUCAAGAUGAUGAGGAAGAGUAUGCGGAAAAGUUGCGAAAUAUAUUUGAACAGGGGUACGAAAAUAUGGAAGCAGUAUUUGAGGAGGAAAAAGAACAAAUGGAGCAGGAUGAUGAUGAUGAUGAUGAUGAUGAUGAUGAUUAUGAAGGAAUAGGAUUAUCUGAGGACUUGAAAGAUUUCCGAUGGAAAUAUUACGACAUGACUGGCAAAUGGCUUUCGGUAGAAGAAGUUCCUAAGAAAUACGAGGAAGUUAAGAAUUCAAUGAUGCAGUCGAAUAUUGACUUUCGUCACGGUUUUAAGGAUACGGAGUUUGAGGACUUUCCAGAAUUUAUGGAACUGGAGAUUGUCUUGAAUAUGAGUGAGGAAAAGAAAGAAAAGAAUAAGUGUGACAGGGGUGGUACUCAUCAGGGAGAUAUGUCAUAUGAUGAAUACGUUACAUUAAGGAAAACAUUGAAAAAAGAUGCUGCUGAAUCGAGCGGAUAUUCGGAUGAAGAUUGGGAGGAUAUAGAAGAAGAAGAAGAAGAAGAAGAUGAUGAUGAUGAUACAGACACAGAUAGUGAGAACGAGGAAUUAUUGGAACUAUACGAUGAAAGACCAAAGUUGGAGUCGUUAGAUGAGAAUAAGACAGGAGAUACCGAUGAACCAGAAAUGAAACUUUCACAAGAGGAAAUUGAACAAUUGACUAAAAAUCUUCAACAAAUGCAAACAAACGAUAAGACCAAUCUUGAGCUGCUUUUCAGGAAAACAAGGAAAUAA